GGGGUCGUGAUCUGUGUCAUUGUGGAGUGGUGGUGUGGGGGACCCUUGGUGCAGUAGCAGGUGGCAGCAUUGAAGCUGGGGUCCCUGUGUGGGGUGGUGGCCUUGGGGGGUGCUCUUUAGAUCUGGACUCUUGCUUUGGGGGUUUGGCAGACCCGUGGGGCAGAGCGGGGAGGGUGAGCAGACAAGGUCUGCCCCAGGGGGUGCUGAGCAGUCAUGGCUCCCGUUGGGUUGAGCGGUGUGGGGUGCUCAGCACCUUGCAGGGUCUGGGCCAAAGGCUACUAGAUUCUAGCAGAGUUCAGACUUUGGAACAGUAGCAUCUAAACUGGUCCCAGUUGGGCCUUGAAGUUCCUACCUCACUGGGGGACUGAGAUGUCAGGCAGCGGAAGUCAUGGUGUCCUUCUGUGAUGCCGUUCAUCCACACGGGUCACUGCUCUGUGUGGAGCUGGUGGGUGCUGGUAUCCCGUUUUGGCAGGGAGACACAGCUGGUGUUACUUGCCCAGAGUCAAUUAAAAAAAAAUGAGGGGCAGCUAGGAAAUAAACCCUGGGGGCAAAUCUUCAUCUGGUGUAAAUUGCCACAGCUCCACUGGAGGAUUUACCUCCUGGACUGAGCAUGUGCCCUAGCCACUAGCCCUCACUGCUCCCCUUCCCUGCUGCUGUUUAGCUCGGUGGUUCUCACCCCUGCAGCUGCACCCAGCUCAGAAUUUCUGCAGGGAAAGAGAGGUUUGUCCUGACCAUAUUGUUCCAACAGGAACAGGUCUGAGCCCAUCCAGGCUGGAAUGUGUUGGCCUGGCUGAGAGCUAUCCCCAGGUCCUCCUUUCUAGGCAGGCGCGGGAGUUUCUCACUGCUGUCUCUCUCCCCUAACAACUCCCCUCCAGUUCCCCUGAGCCCACACAGCGCAGAGCGCUUGCCAGGCGACCUGCGAGCAGGCAUUAGUCCUGGCACUGACAAUGCAACGUGGGCUGCCAGCUCACUUCUUCCUUCCCCUGGGCUAAGCUGGCUCCUCUCCCACAAGGGGAGUUGCUUUGCAGUAGAAAGGCUGAGGUCACGGGGAGGAGGAGAAUGGCAGGAAGAGUGGAAAGAGCAGGUGGCUGUGCCAGCUCUGGCUUGUCUAAACUUGUCGCCUUUGCAUUUCUCCGCUGAGGCCAGCCGUGAGGAGCAGCCCUAAGCUCCCCCCCCAGUCUGCGAAGGAGCUCCAGGCAGCGUUUGGGAGAGACAGACUGCUGUGUGUGGACCAAGGACUGAGCCCAGACUAACCAAACAUCCUCUGAGGCAGGGUGGCCAUUGUUGCAGGGGAGCAAUGGCCCCCAAACGCAAGGCGCCUGCCAAGGCCCAGAUCCAGGACAAGAAGGUGAAGCAGGAGUCGGAGAAGGACAGCGUCCGCUCCACCGUGGAGGCGCUGAAGACCGCUCCCAAGGAGAAGCUGAAAGCCAAGAUCGACUCUGCCUGCCAGCUGAGCAAUGGCAGCGAUGCCCAGAUCCAUGAGGAUUACGACUGCAUGUUGAACCAGACCAACAUCGGAAACAACAACAACAAGUUCUACAUCAUCCAGCUCAUCGCUCACAAUGGCAGCUACAGCUGCUGGAACCGCUGGGGUCGCGUGGGGGAGGUGGGUCAGUCAAAGCUCAGCCCCUUCCCUUCCCUGGAAGCCGCCAAGAAGGACUUUGAGAAGAAGUUCCGGGAGAAGACCAAGAACAGCUGGGCUGAGCGAGAGAACUUUGUGGCCCACCCUGGCAAGUACACCCUGAUCGAGGUGCAGCAUGGGGCUGAGGAGGAGCAGGAGGUGACAGUGAAGGUGGACAGCGUGGAUGGAGGGAAGCGCUCCAAGCAGAGGACGCUGCCUUGCAGCCUGGACAAGGCCACCCAGGAGUUGGUCUCACUCAUCUUCAGCAAUGACAUGUUCAAAGAGGCCAUGCAGACCAUGAAUAUCGACGUGAAGAAGAUGCCUCUGGGGAAGCUGAGCAAGCAGCAGAUCGCCAAGGGCUUCGAGGCCCUGGAGGCCAUUGAGACGGCUCUGCAGGAGCAGCCGCUGUCCUGCAGGCAGCUGGAGGAGCUGUCGUCCCGCUUCUACACCAUCAUCCCCCACAGCUUCGGCCGCGCCAGGCCCCCUCCCAUCAACACGCAGGAGAUCGUCCAGGCCAAGAAGGACAUGCUGCUGGUGCUGGCAGACAUUGAACUGGCCCAGAGCCUGCAGGCGCAGAAGAAAGAGGAGGAGGAGGUGAAGGUGGAGGAAGUGCCUCACCCACUGGACAAGGACUAUGAGCUUCUGAAGUGUGAGCUCACCCUGGUGGACCCGGCGUUGGAGGAUUACCAGGUGAUCCAGACCUACGUAGAGAAGACUAGGAUGAGCCACCGGAAGGUCAAUAUCCUGAAUAUCUGGAAGGUGAAGAGGGAGGGAGAGAGCGAGCGCUUCAAGGCUCACGACAACCUGGAGAACCGGCGCCUGCUGUGGCAUGGCACCAACGUGGCCGUCGUCGCCGCCAUCCUCAAGAGCGGCCUGCGCAUCAUGCCGCACUCCGGCGGGCGUGUGGGCAAGGGGCUUUACUUUGCCUCCGAGAACGGCAAGUCGAUGGGAUAUGGUAAGGCCCACAGCAGCCCAGUCUGGGGAGCUCUCCCAGCUACCCCCACCCCUCUCAUAUCCCCUCCGGGCAAGGGGAGAUGCUGGCAGCCUCCGCAAGGCGAGUAUCUGUCUGGGGACAGUGGGAAGCACAUGGCAUUACAUUCUCAGGGCCCCCUUUUCCUAUCCUGCCCCAAGUCUGCGCCUCCUGGAUGGUGCGGCCCUGCUGGCAGGGCCAGGUGCGGCAGGGCUGAGUCUGACACACCUGGGUGGUGGGACGGCACAGACAGGUGUGAGCGAGAGGUUAGACUAAGGGAGAGUGAAGCAAGGAGAGCAGUUUCCCCCUCCUCUUGGCAGAGGAGAGCUCCUGGCUUGGGGGAGCAGGGCUCCCUGGCUUUCCAGGCGGCUUUAAUAGGCCACAGCAGAGGGGUGAUUGGAAGCACUGGGGGUGCAGUGAGUGCUGUCCGCGCCCACAGUCAGGGCGGGGCAAAGGAGCAGAACCACCCAGGGCAGUGUGCUGCUGCCAGCUCUGAGAGUUCUACAGGGCAGGCUGUGCCAGCUUGGUGGCCAGGCCAGGCAUGGAAAUGGGCCUUGCAGCCAGCUUCAGCAGCACAUAUCGGUCUUCCCUCUCCAGUGAGCUGCACCUCCCAGGGGGUCGGGAUCAUGUUCCUCAACGAGGUGGCCCUAGGCAAGGAGUAUCGGAUCACCCAGGACGACUCGUCAUUGCGCAAGGCCCCCCCGGGGUAUGACAGUGUGAUCGCCUGUGGUCAGACUGAGCCAGACCCUGCUUGUGACCGAGAGCUGAUAGUCGAGGGCAGGAAGGUGCUGGUGCCACAGGGGAAGCCCAUCCGUAUGGCCAAGUACCAGGACUCCUUCUUCAGCCAGAGCGAGUACCUGAUCUACCAGGAGAGCCAGUGCCAGAUCCGCUACCUGCUCCAGCUCCGACUCUGAGGUGCUUUCCCGCAGGCCCAGCACCCCUCCAGCUCCAGGAGACCGUGGCCAGCUGUGCUGAUGGUGACAAUGCCCCGGGGUGCGACCUGCGGCAGGGUGAGGUGACAGUGCUCAGUGAGCUGGCUGCAGGAGCGCCUCUGUUGCCUGCUGGCUCAGGAUCCCUGGGUCCCACGCGCCUAGGAGUGAUGCUCCGUGACAUGCCAUGAAAUGUGUGGCUCCUGCACUCAGAGUCCCUGAGCCAUGCUGCCCGGAGGAGGGGGCUGGGACGCAGCUGCCAUAGCCAGUAAAACUCCCAGCAGCCUCUGUUGGGGCUCCAGGGGGGACUCUCAAGUGCUGGAGUCUGCGAGCAGCAGGGCUCUCCGAGGCCUUCUGUUAGUGUAAAUAAAAGUGUGUGCGGAUUGCAA